AUGGUCUCUCCCAGGGGCGACGGUGACCCUGGGACCAUUCCAGGGGUCCUGCUAGAGGUUGUGGUGCCCACAGGAGCUCUCCCAGGAAUAGCGGUGCUCCUAAGGGCCCUGCCAGGGGCGGUAUCGUCUCCAGGAGCCCUCCGAGGGGCGGUGGCGCCCACUGGAGAUGUACCAUGGGCACUGCCCGAGGCGAUGGUGCCCCUCAGGGGCCCUCCCAGAAACAGGGACGCUCUCAGGGCUCCUGUCAGAGGUGGUAAUGCCACCAGGUUCCCUGUCAGGGGCGAUGGAGCCCCAAGGGUCCUUCACAGGGACGACUGCGCCCAAUUGGACCCUCCCAGGGGUAGUGGUGCCCACAGGAGCCCUCCCAGGGACGCCCUCUGGGGCCCUGCCAGAGGUGGUGACUCUUCCAGGUACCAUCCCAGAGGCAGUAGCGUCCCCAGGGGCUCUGAUAGGGGCUCUGGUGUCCACACCGGCUCUUGCGGGGACAGCGGCGACCACAGGGGCCUUCCCAGGGACAGUGGUACCCUCGGUGGUCCUGCCUGGGAAGGUAAUUCCCACAGGGGCCCUCCCAGAGGCGGUGGCGUCCCCACGGGCCCUUCCAGGGGAGGUGGCACCACCAAGGGCCCUUCCAGGGAUGGCGUCGCCCAUUGGGGCCCGCCCAGGGGCCCUGCCAGAGGUGGUGGCACAACCAGGGGCCCUUCCAGGGACGGCGGCGCCCACUGGGGCCCGCCCAGGGGCCCUGCCAGGGGCCGUUGCAGGGACAGUGAAGCUCUCAGCGGCCCUCCCAGGGAGAGCAGCGCCCGUAGGAGCACUGCUAGGGGCGGUGGUGCCCCCAGGAGCCCUUCUAGGGGCUGUGACUUCGGCAGGAGCCCUCUCAGAGGCGGUGGUACUCCCUGGAGCCCUCCCAGGGGCCCUGCCAAAAACGCUAGUGCUCCCAGGGGUCCUUCCAGGUUCGGUGACGCCCCUAGGGGCGUUGGUACCCUAAGGGACCCUGCAAUGGAUGGUGGUGCCCCCAUGGUCCCUCCCAGGGGCGACGGUGGCACUGGGACCAUCCCAGGGGUCCUGCCAGGGGUCGUGGUGCCCACAGGAGCUCUCCCAGGAAUAGCGGUGCUCCUAAGGGCCCUACCCGGGGCGGUAUCGCCUCCAGGAGCCCUCCCAGGGGCGGUGGCGCCCACUGGAGAUCUACCAUGGGCAUUGCCAGAGGUGGUGGUGCACCUCAGGGGCCCUCCCAGAAAGAGGGACGCUCUCAGGGCUCCUGUCAGAGGUGGUAAUACCACCACAUUCCCUGUCAGGGGCGGUGGAGCCCCAAGGCUCCGUCCCAGGGGCGACGGUGCCCCCUGGGACCUUCCCGGGGGUAGUGGUGCCCACAGGAGCCCCCCAGGGACGCCCUCUGGGGCCUUACCAGAGACGGUGACUCUCCCAGGUGCCAUCCCAGAGGCAGUAGCGUCCCCAGGGGCUCUGACAGGGGUGUUGGUGCCCCCAGGGGCUCUUGCGGGGACAGCAGCGACCACAGGGGCCUUCCCAGGGACAGUGGUACCCUCAGGGGUCCUUCCAGGGAAAGUGGUGGCGCCCCCAGGGGCCGUUGCAGGGACAGUGAAGCUCUCAGCGGCCCUCCCAGGGACAGCAGCGCCCCUAGGAGCCUUGCUAGGGGCGGUGGUGCCCCCAGGAGCCCUUCCAGGGGCCGUGACGUCUGCAGGAGCCCUUUCAGAGGCAGUGGUACUCCCUGGAGCCCUCAUAUGGGCCCUGCCAGGGGCGCUAGUGCUCCCAGGGGUCCUUCCAGGUUUGGUGACGCCCCUAGGGGCGUUGGUACCCUAA